UCUAGUGAUUAAUUAUGGAGUCUCGAAGACACCUAUAUUUUUUAAAUGCUUAUAUUUUUUAAAUUAAUAAAUGUUUAUAGAGUCCCGUAAAUACUACCGUGCACAGUAUAUUUAUCUUCAUGGGAAAGAUCAACCGAAUUAAUUUUCACCCCCACCCCAAAAAGAAAAGUAGGAAAAAAAAAAAAAAAAUCCGAAUUACCAAAAUACCCCUGUAUGAAACCUAUAUGUAUAUAAAUGAUUAGUUUGUUAUUUUUGAGAAGGAAGAGAGGUCUGCAUCUCUCGUCUUUUACUUGUUUUGGCGGUUUUACAGGGGAAGCCUUUGAAAGUUUCCGUGAGCUGAAUCACACAAAGCGCUCAGUCGGAGCCAAGUCUUUGUCUCUCUAAAAUCUCUAGACUCAAAAGCCAAAUCUUCGUCCCUGUAGCUUUAAGCCUUGAGUGAAUAUGGAGAAGUAUCUGAAAAACAACUUCGAAGUCGAACCAAAGAGACCCUCCGAAGAGACUCUGAGGAGAUGGAGAUCUGCUGUCUGGCUCGUCAAGAACCCUCGCCGGAGGUUCCGCAUGGUCGCCGACCUCGCCAAGCGCGCCGAAGCCGUGCGUAAGCAUAGGAAACUCCAGGAAAAAAUAAGAGUGGCUUUGUAUGUUCAGAAAGCAGCAUUUCAUUUCAUUGACGCCAGUACUCAUGUUCCGCAAAAGGUCUCUCAGGAGGUUACGCGAGCUGGUUUCAGCAUUGAACCGGAUGAUCUAGCCUCUGUUGUCCGUUCUCAUGAUAUCAAGACCCUGCAACGCCAUGGAGGCGUCGAAGGAUAUGCAAGAGAAGUGUCUGUAGCACUGGAAAAUGGUGUUCUUUCGAGUGAUGUACCCCUUCGACAGAAACUCUACGGCUUCAAUCAAUUCGCUGAGAAACCUUCUAGACCUUUUUGGAUGUUCAUAUGGGACGCCUUACAAGACUUGACUCUAAUCGUCCUCAUCGUAUGCGGUGUGAUCUCUGUAGGUGUUGGACUUGCCACAGAAGGAUGGCCAAAAGGUAUGUAUGAUGGGUUAGGAAUAUUACUAUGUAUUAUCCUAGUGGUGAUGGUUACUGCAAUCAGUGACUACAAGCAGUCCUUGCAAUUCAAGGAUUUAGACAAGGAAAAGAAAAACAUAAUUCUUCAGGUCACUAGAGAUGGGAGCAGGCAGAAGGUGUCCAUUUAUGAUUUGGUGGUCGGAGACAUUGUUCACCUGUCGAUUGGAGAUGUAGUUCCAGCAGAUGGGCUAUUCAUAUCGGGUUUUAGUUUAGUAAUUGAUGAAUCAAGCUUGUCGGGUGAGAGUGAACCGGUGAAUGUAGACAAAGACAGACCUUUUCUUUUAUCAGGGACCAAAGUUCAAGAUGGCUCUGCUAAAAUGCUGGUUACAGCAGUUGGAAUGAGGACCGAAUGGGGAAGAUUGAUGGUAACUCUGAGCGAGGGAGGAGAAGAUGAGACACCGCUGCAAGUGAAGCUUAACGGAGUAGCAACUAUAAUAGGGAAGAUUGGUUUGGCUUUCGCUGUGCUGACGUUUUUGGUACUCACUACACGGUUUCUAGUAGUGAAGGCACUUCACAAUGAGAUUGCGAUAUGGUCCACAAGUGAUGCGCUGAGGCUUCUGAAUUUCUUUGCCAUUGCAGUGACUAUACUCGUAGUUGCAGUACCGGAAGGGCUACCAUUAGCCGUGACACUAAGUCUUGCGUUUGCAAUGAAGAAAUUGAUGAACGAUAAGGCACUUGUGAGACAUCUCUCUGCAUGUGAGACAAUGGGUUCCGCUACUUGCAUUUGCACAGACAAGACGGGAACUCUGACAACAAAUCAUAUGGUUGUCACUAAAAUAUGGAUCACCGGAGAAGCUAAAGAGAUAAAAGGUAACGACAAUGGAGAUACAUUGAAGUCUUCUAUCUCAGAAAGUGUAUUGAGCAUACUUUUGCAGUCUAUAUUUCAAAACACUAGCUCCGAGGUGGUGAAAGGUAAGGAUGGAAAGACUAACAUAUUGGGUACUCCUACUGAAUCCGCAUUAUUAGAGUUCGGAUUGCUUUUUGGGGGUGAUUUUGGUGCUCACACAAAGGACUUUAACAUAGUGAAAAUGGAGCCUUUCAAUUCGAUCAAGAAAAAGAUGUCUGUGCUCGUGGCUGUUCCAGGUGGUGGGCAUCGAGCAUUCUGCAAAGGCGCAUCAGAAAUCAUUUUAUGUAUGUGUGACAACAUUGUUAAUAGCAAUGGCGAAUGCGUGCCUCUCUCUGACGAACAGAGGAAAAACAUCACAGAUGUCAUAAAUGGUUUUGCCUGUGAAGCUCUAAGAACUCUCUGCCUGGCUUUCAAGGAUAUAGAAAAUACUUCUAACGCAGAUAGUAUUCCUGAUGAUAAGUACACACUAAUAGCAGUUGUUGGAAUUAAGGAUCCGGUUCGCCCUGGGGUAAGGGAAGCUGUUCAGACUUGUUUAGAUGCUGGGAUUAUCGUGCGGAUGGUCACUGGUGACAAUAUUAACACUGCCAAAGCCAUAGCUAAAGAAUGUGGCAUCUUGACCGAUGAUGGUCUGGCCAUAGAAGGGCCAGACUUCCGUAACAAAAGUACCCAUGAGAUGGGACAGAUUUUACCGAAACUUCAGGUGAUGGCUCGAUCAUUACCUUUGGAUAAACACAAGCUGGUAACCCUGUUGAGAAACGAGUUUAAAGAAGUCGUGGCAGUGACUGGUGAUGGGACCAAUGAUGCUCCUGCUUUGCAUGAGGCAGAUAUUGGACUAGCUAUGGGUAUUGCAGGAACAGAGGUCGCGAAAGAAAAUGCUGAUGUCGUCAUAUUGGAUGAUAACUUCACAACCAUAUUGAAUGUUGCUAAAUGGGGUCGCUCAGUUUACAUCAACAUUCAGAAGUUUGUGCAGUUCCAGUUGACAGUUAACGUCGUUGCUCUCAUGAUCAAUUUUGUAUCCGCCUGCUCCUCAGGGUCUGCUCCUCUUACGACUGUUCAGUUGCUUUGGGUGAACAUGAUAAUGGACACUCUCGGUGCAUUAGCACUGGCUACAGAACCUCCACAUGAUGGGCUGAUGAAAAGGCCGCCUAUUGGAAGGAAUGUUAAUUUUAUAACUAAGGUCAUGUGGAGGAACAUUAUCGGUCAGAGUAUUUUUCAAUUGGCUGUCCUAGGGGUUUUCGAAUUUGACGGCAAGCGGCUUCUAAAGCUCAGCGGUUCAGAUGCUACUUCUAUUCUCAAUACAUUCAUAUUCAAUACCUUCGUGUUUUGCCAGGUUUUCAACGAAAUAAACAGCCGCGAUAUGGAGAAGAUAAAUAUAUUUCGAGGGAUGUUCAGCAGCAGCUUAUUCAUGCUCAUCAUCAUCUCCACGGUGGCUUUCCAAAUCAUAAUAGUCGAAUUUUUGGGCGCUUUUGCAGAUACUGUACCGCUAAGCUGGGAGUUGUGGCUACUCAGCAUACUAAUUGGGGCUGUAAGCUUAAUUGUCGCGGUCAUCCUCAAGUGCAUCCCCGUUGGAAAGCCCUCUGAACAUACAGACACUGUCAAGCACCACGAUGGUUAUGAAUCGCUGCCUAGUGGUCCGGACAUGGCCUGAGAAUGGGAUUAAAAUUUUUCCCUGGGCCUGCUUAAUGCUGCUCAAUAGCAGUUCCAAAUCACAUUUGAACCACUUCACCGAUUGCUAUAACAUAUAUAUAUAUUUAUUUAUAUAUAUAUAUUGUAUUGAAUAGAUAUAGAUAAGGGUUAUUUUUUUUCUUUUUUUUUUAAUGGUUAUUUUGAUGCAGCUUGAGCAUUGUUCAUUCAUUUAUUAGAGUUGGCUGGAAUUGUAAGUUUGAUGUAGGAACUAGAGUGAUUAAUUCACACCAUUUUUUUGUGAACUUUGUGAGCUGUUGCUUUUUUAUGCAUUGUGAUUUCAUAGUUAUCUGCCUUCAACAAAAGGAGUGCUUGUGAUCUAAUUUGGCAAACCCCUGUAAUUUUAUUUUAUUUUAUUUAUUUAUUUUUUGAAAGUAAGUGUCAAACACUCAACUUUCUCUUUGAAUAAAAAGAUUAUACUAUCUGAACUAAUGUCUAUAAUGUUGUGAAUUGACUCUUUAUUGAAAGUGCUAUUCUUUGAAAAUUAAUGACAUGUAGAAGAAAUAUGUACUUAAAACUUUCAGAUU